AUGGAAGAGUAUCCAGCAGUUGUUAUUGAUAAUGGAUCAUAUGAAUGCAAAGUAGGUAUUGCAGGAGAUGAUGAUCCAAAAGCAUGCUUCCCUGCAGUUGUUGGAAGAUCUAAAAAUUAAGGAAGUAGGGACAGAAAGGAAGCUUAUAUUGGAAAUGAGGCUUUAGCUAACAGAGGUGUAUUAGCACUUAAAUAUCCGAUUGAUAAUGGUAUCAUUAAUGAUUGGGAUGGUGUAGAAUGUUCAUAUAAAUUAUAUAGAUAUGGAAAGAAUUUGGCAUCAUGCAUUCUAUAAUGAAUUAAGAGUUAAUCCAAGAGAGCAUCCAGUUCUUUUGACUGAAGUUAUUUUCAAUCCAAAAGCUAAUAGAGAAAAAAUGACAUAAAUCUUAUUUGAAACAUUCAAAGUUCCAUUAUUCUAUGUUUAUAUUUCAGAGCUUUUAGCGCUCUAUUCUUCAGGAAGAACAAAUGGUAUUGUAGUAGGUUCUGGAUAUGGUGUUUCAUGUUCACUUCCAAUUUAUGAAGGUUAUACCAUUAAACCUGCUGCUCUUAAAAUAGAUUUAGCAGGAAGAGCUUGUACAUAAUAUUUGGUUUCAAUUUUGAAUGAAUAAGGUGUUUCAUUCACUUCAUAAUUUGAUAUGGAAAUUGUUAGAGAUAUAAAAGAGAAAUUAUGUUAUGUUACAUUGGAUUAUGAAGAAGAAAUGAAGAAAUAUUAAAGAAGUGCUGAAUAUGGUAGAAUAUAUGAAUUACCAGAUGGAAAUUAAACUGUUAUUAAAAAUUAAAGAUUUAAAUGUCCUGAAUUACUUUUCAAACCAGAUUUAAUUGGACUUGGAGCAUUAGGUAUCCAUGAAUUAACAUUCAAAUCAAUUAUGAAAUGCGAUAUUGAUCUUAGAAAGGAUCUGUAAUAAUAAUUUUAAAUUUAUUAUAUUAGUUAUGGAAAUGUUAUAAUGGCAGGAGGUACAACAAUGUUUCCAGAAAUCCCAGAAAGGUUGAGCAAGGAAUUAGCAUCACUUGCACCAUCAUCCACGAAAAUUAAAGUUGUUGCUCCACCUGAAAGAAAAAUCUCAACGUGGAUUGGUGGAUCAAUCGCAUCAUCACUAUCAACAUUUGAAAAUAUGUGGAUCAAAAGAAGUGAAUAUAAUGAAAGUGGUCCAACAAUUGUUCAUAGAAAAUGUUUUUGAGAAACAAU